AUCAUACUGAUUUUUGAUAAUUAUCGAAAAUUUUUCAAAUGCACUUUUACUACUUAUGGAAAUAUUGAUAUCGAAUAUGAAUAUAAAAAGCAGUUUUCAAGCAAUUUUUUUUUCAUGAUAACCGAUUUCAGCGAGCCUGGUUUUGAAUACUUUUUGAGCACUCCUUGUCACAUUUGGGAUGCUGUUCGAUACCAUGAAGCAGAAGGUCUAUUUGUUGUAAGUCACACGCAACAAAUAUUGUUCCCGCCUUCCUCACCAGUCUUGAUACGCUUCUCAUCGUAUCUAAUAUUUUUUGGGAUAAUUGUAUUGUUUCCACUGAAAAUAAAGAACCAAGCAGGCGAAGCACCCUUCAAACACCAAGUUUUAAAGAAAUGUUCAUCAUGUUACAAUUUCAUUCUGCGUAAUGCAUUUAAGCUAGGUUUGCAUUUGUAUCUGUUUACUCUUAAUUGUCCGGCAUGCAAAAGUGUCAUACACACAUCAGAGUAUAUGGAAAUACCUGAGGAACUGUUGUGGGUGCCAGCUGAGAAAAAUGAGUUUGGAAUUCUUGGAAUCCAAGUUGCUGGGGAAAUGAUGCACCUUAACGUUCUUAUUAAAGAUACAGAUGUUGCCCAUCAGCUUUUUUGCUUACGUUCUAUAAUUCCAGUACAGCCAACCGAUGGGGAAGGAGUGUUACAGUUAAUAGAGACAUUUUUACUUAUAUGAAAUAUUCUAAAAAUGAAGUAGUAGUUCUAUGGUAUCUUCUGAUAAUUAGAAUUAGUUUGUAUCCCAAACAUCAUGUAUUUUAUUUUUCCUGUAUCAAUAAAGUGCCCUGGUGGCUGAUUAUUAUUUUUUUACAUUCGUGUUGGUUGAUAUGUAUUGGAUAAUAAAAAUGUUUCUUGGCAAAUUUUGCUUAAGCAUGCAAUCUGAAAUAGAUGAUUCCAGCAA